GUUUCGUGAGAGAGGUGUCAACUGCUGUCAACUGAAUUUAGGAAGAUGGCUGUUGCAGUUCCACAUUGGAUUGAUAAAUCGUUCUUAACGCUUUGCCUUAACGGUGGUUUAAAUGAUGAGACGAGUGAUAUACAAGUUUCUUCUUUUGAAGUUUCGUCUCUUCUUCCCCCAGGAAACAACUACGGUAGCUAUCUGCUAAGGGUUAAAGUUAUAUUCAACAGGGCGGGAAUAACAAGUAACCAGUCUCUCAUCAUAAAAUAUCUCACAGGGAAUAAUGAAGUCACCAAAUUAUUCGAUAGAAUGUAUGAUAAGGAGCCUUCAUUUUACGACCAAUAUCUACCAGACGCGUUGAAAGUCGAUUAUAGUUUACCGGUACCAAAACCAUUCUACUCUCCAAUAUCUGAUGUAAUAAUCCUUGAAGACUUGAGUACUGAAGGUUACAGAAUGGCCGAUCGAUGCAAAAUGUUGGACUUUGACCAUUGCAAACAUUUCUUCAUCGCCUCUGCUAUUUUCCACGCCACGUCGGUUGCCGUGUACAAGAAGCACCCUGACAUUGUCACAUCGAUAGCAGUCGAUCCUCUGUUCUCCAAAGAUUUAGCGGAGAGUUGCGUGAAAAUACACAAAGGAUUCAUGAUUCAAGGACUGUUGUGUAUGGCCGAUAGAUUAGAACGUGUCAAAAAGUACCAAGCAUAUGCUGAGGUAGUACGCAAAUGUACAAGUGGUAUUUGGGAUAAGGUUAUAAACCUCCAUCAACAAAACUAUAAAUUAAAUGUGCUGCAGCAAGCAGACGCAUGGACAACAAAUAUGAUGUUUAAGUACGAUGAAUCUGGCAAGUCACAGGUGUUAAACUUUUAGAUUUCCAAGCGACAAGAUACAGUUCUCCUUUGUGCUCUUUGGUUUUCUUCAUCUGGACCAGUGCAAGCCACGAGGUCCGUGAGCAAAGACUUGAGGAACUGUAUCAUAUAUACUGUGACGUGCUCAAUGCGAAACUCGAGGAACUCGACUGCUCUGAGCGCUUGUCUUAUGAAGAAUUCCAAGAUGGCAUCAAGACCCUAAGUCCUGCAAUACUCGCGAUAGCUGCAUAUUUCUUUCCGUCUAUCACAAGCCCUCGUGUAAUCGAGAUUGGAAGGAUGAUCAACACAUUAUGUGAAGGCACAAGUAACCCUUAUGAUGGUUACUAUAAUGCAGAAUAUUGUGAAAACAGUUUUGUAAGACUUGCUGCUCAGUUGGCUGCUCAAGGAGUUUUUGAUGUCAUGCAAAAAAAUUACUGAAACCCUCAACCAAUCAAUCAUUACUCGUUGUAUUUUUCAAUAAAAGUCUCAAAUGAC